UCCGGAGGACAGCCAGUUCGUGUUGAGCGCGCGGUUUGUCAUGCCAGCAGUGGUUUUGCCGACUCGCCACUGUAUAGCAGCAACGAACACGACGACGACGACUAAAAAAUCGCCUUCAACCGCCGCCGUUUCUAUUGCUGCUGCCGGUAACAAUAUCACGACGACGACGACGCUCUUCUGGUUGCCUGUAGUGGAUAGCCCGACGUGUUGUUUUUGCUGUUAUUGCGGCGGUCGGCUAUUCGUCGUCGGCGGUGUCCCGACCACCGGACGUGUUAAUAGCAGCGUUGGUAUCAGCAGUGCGUUGAGUCGUUUCGACGCGUGUUCGCCGCCGCCGCCCCCGACGCGUAAUUUCGGUAGAUUUUGCCGGUGUGACGGUGCCGUAGUCGCCGCCACCACCUCCGCCGUCGUGCUACUGGUGCCGUAUGUGCUUGGGCCGCCGUGCUUCCGACCGAUCGUAUUACCGCCCACGUUCGUUGCCGCCGCCAAUCACCUCAGGCAUCACCGCCGAAUACAUCACCAACACCAGCACCACCUGUACAACACGGCCGUCGCCGGCAACAAUAUGGAAACUAGGUCAGUAUAUUUGGGUUUAGACGAAGAAUCGUACGCUAGCAUUAAAGAUUCUGUUAAAGAGUUUUGGAAUCUAAUAGGACUGAAGGGCACCGGUGGCAGUGCUCUGGGUGGUGCGAGCAGCGCAUUAGUAGGCACCAGCGGCAAUCUAGGCGCAGCAGCAGCCGCUGCUGUGCUUAGCGGCGGUAGCAGUCGCGUGACGUCGUCGGGCGUUGAGCUCAGGGAGCUCAGGCGCCACAACUACAAGGCUUCCGUGUCGGUGCUAUCGCACCUGAACAAAGGCAACGCCGCUUCGCCGUACGUAAGCAUCGGAGGAGGACACCGACAACGGACCAGAGCCCACCGGGCCAUGAACAUGGGCCAGAAAAUAUCUAGUGGAGUUAAAACUGUUAGCCGCGAAAGUGCGCAACCUUACAAGCCCGUAGUACCCAGAGAACUGGCCCAAGAUUUCGCCCGUCCGGCCAGAUUAGACAUACUAUUAGACAUGCCUCCGGCGUCCAAAGAAAUGCAAAUCAAACACGGCUGGAACGCGGACGAUAGGUCUCUAAACAUAUUUGUCAAGGAAGAAGACAAACUGACAUUCCACAGGCAUCCGGUAGCCCAGAGUACCGACUGCAUCAGAGGUAAGACUGGCUUGACCAAAGGUCUGCACGUGUGGGAAGUAAACUGGUCGACCAGGCAACGCGGCACGCACGCAGUGGUCGGCGUCGCGACACAAGAUGCACCCCUGCACUCUGUCGGUUACCAGAGUUUGGUGGGAAGUAACGACCAGUCAUGGGGCUGGGAUUUAGGGCGUAACAAAUUGUACCACGAUUCGAAAAGCUACGAUGGCAUUACGUAUCCGGCCUUGCUCAAGCCCGACGAGACGUUUAUAGUGCCAGAUAAAUUUUUAGUUGUUUUGGAUAUGGACGAGGGAACACUAUCCUUUGUCGUAGACGGCCAGUAUUUGGGCGUAGCGUUUAGAGGCCUCAAGGGGCGGAAAUUAUUCCCAAUUGUCAGCGCUGUUUGGGGUCACUGUGAAAUUACGAUGAAAUACAUCGGUGGACUAGAUCCUGAACCCUUGCCGCUGAUGGACCUGUGUAGACGAGUCAUUAGACAGCGAAUCGGUAAACAAUACCUAGAAGAACGCGUCAUGGACCUGAACCUGCCGCAGUCUCUAAGCGUUUACUUAUUAUACCGGGACAGGAGAUAACGGGGCCAGCAGCCGCGCCGAAAAUAUUGAUCAACAGAUCUCAAACGUCGAUCCGAUUCCUCCCCCUACUUAUCUGUCCUAUUCCCCGCCCUGUCGACUCAACACCAUCUCCUCCACCGCCAACUAAUCGCCCGUAUCUCCUCUACCUCAGGCCAGUAACCGCGACGUUCGCUAAACUAGUCUCCCCCCCUCGUGAUCCCUCGUUCAAGUUUCCCUUAUAGUGACACCCUUACCCCACCACCCAUGUAAAUAAUACUCGAUGCAAACACCCCUUCCCUAUCCCAUUUAAAUUACACAAACACGAAACUUUAAGUAACGACUGAUGUAUCAAGUGUCAAGAUAGUUUUUUUUUAAUAUAUUAAUUAAUUUAAGGUUUAGGAAAAAAAA